CCUCCUCUCAUCAACACACACUUCAGCACUUGAUCCAGGUACUCCUGCUUAGGAGACCACUCCCUUCUCCCUCUGCUGCUUUCUGUCGUUCCCAUCGCUAGUGCUGCGCGCACAGCUCUAGCGAGAGCAGGCCUCCGGAACCUCUGCUCGCUGAAGGUCCUGCACGGGACGCGGGCAAUCAGAUUUUUGGGGAGCGUCUUGACGCGACUGCUCGCUCCCUGAUCGACUACUUCGUCUACUUAACGGCGUGAACGAACGAAUACUUCGUCUACUUCUCGGCGUGAACGAACGACUACUUCGUCUGCUUCCUGGUGACCGUUCGUGGGACUGCACUGCGAAUCUCUUCCUGCAUCGACAUCGUUCGGCUACUUCAGGCAAGGCCAGUCGAAUAGCAUGUCUAUUCCAGCUGGUAACGGCGCAACCGGUGCCUCCGGCACUGGUCCCGCCUUGGGGUACACUCUAAACCUAUUCUGGUUUAACUUUUUGUUCAUACUUAUUAGUAAGAAUAACAUGAAUACAUGUACGUAUCUUAUUCACACAUUAUCACUCAUUUAUGCCAUAAAAUUGCUAGUAAUAUUUGAAAUUAAAAUAUACCAAAAAUUGGUUAGUUAUCUUAACGGCCAUUGCCACUGCCACUGCCAAUGCCACUGCCAUCUCGCCUUUGCCUAGCUGCCUCUCUCUCUUUGUGUCUGGUGUGGGGGAGAGAGAAGGCUGCGCUGCGCUGCGCUGCGUUGCAUGCUUUUCUUGGCCUCACGCUUGUUACAUGUUUGAACACGCACUGCACGCAGGAGUAGGACACAGCAGCAGGCAGGCAGACACACCUCCUCUCCCCUCUCCACCCUCUUCGCUCCGCCUCCGGCCUCCCUCCGGCAAUGGAAGCGCCUCCACCUUCUCCACCCUCCCUAUUGCUCCUCCUGCUGCUUCUCGUCUCCUCUCCUUCGACUUCAUUGGCGCUCCUCACCCCCCAGGGCGUCAACUAUGAAGUGCAAGCUCUAAUGACAAUCAAGAACCUGCUCACGGACCCCCAUGGCGUGCUCAAGAACUGGGACAAGGACUCCGUCGAUCCCUGUAGCUGGACCACGGUCACCUGCUCGCAGGACAAACUCGUCACUGGACUGGAGGCCCCAAGCCAGAGCCUCUCUGGCAUGCUCUCCCCAACCAUAGGCAACCUCACCAAUCUUCAGAUCGUUCUCCUGCAGAACAACAACAUCACUGGCCCAAUCCCAGCAGAGAUUGGCAAGCUUUCAAAGCUCAAGACACUUGAUCUCUCCAGCAACCACCUGGAUGGUGGAAUCCCCACCACUGUGGGCCACCUUCAGAGCCUGCAGUACUUGAGGCUCAACAACAACACCCUGUCUGGUCCAUUCCCUUCAGCAUCAGCUAAUUUGCCCCAGCUUGUUUUCCUAGACUUGUCAUAUAAUAACCUGAGUGGUCCAAUACCAGGAUCUUUGGCAAGAACAUUCAACAUUGUUGGGAAUCCCCUCAUCUGUGGUGCGAACACGGAGAAAGAUUGCUACGGGACUGCACCGAUGCCAAUGUCCUACAAUCUGAAUAGUUCACAGGGUUCUCUGCCACCGGGAAAAUCUAAAAGCCACAAGUUUGCAGUCGCAUUUGGGACAGCAACUGGUUGCAUCAGCUUCCUCUUCCUAGCUGCUGGAUUUGUGUUCUGGUGGAGGCAUCGUCGUAACCGGCAGAUCCUUUUUGAUGUCGACGUUAGUCUUGGAAACGUGAAGAGGUUUCAGUUGAGGGAGCUUCAGUCCGCAACAGACAAUUUCAGCAGCAAGAACAUACUAGGGAAAGGUGGCUUCGGAUAUGUUUAUAGAGGGCAACUCCCUGAUGGAACCCUCGUGGCCGUCAAGCGACUCAAGGAUGGCAAUGCUGCGGGUGGCGAGGCACAGUUUCAGACCGAGGUUGAGAUGAUUAGCUUGGCACUGCACAGAAAUCUUCUCAGGCUCUAUGGGUUCUGCAUGACCGCCACAGAGAGGCUGCUAGUCUACCCAUACAUGUCAAAUGGAAGCGUCGCAUCGCGCCUCAAAGCGAAGCCACCUUUAGACUGGGCGACUAGGAAGAGGAUAGCUCUUGGCGCAGGGAGGGGGCUACUCUACCUUCACGAGCAGUGUGACCCCAAGAUCAUACACAGGGAUGUCAAGGCGGCCAACAUCCUGCUAGAUGACUACUGUGAAGCCAUUGUUGGUGACUUUGGGCUCGCUAAACUCCUUGACCACCGGGAUUCUCAUGUCACCACUGCAGUGAGAGGCACUGUUGGUCACAUUGCGCCUGAGUACCUCUCCACUGGCCAAUCGUCUGAGAAGACCGACGUCUUUGGCUUUGGCAUCCUGUUGCUGGAGCUGAUCACCGGUCAGACGGUGCUAGAGUUUGGAAAGGCAGCAAACCAGAAGGGAGCCAUGCUGGAUUGGGUGAAGAAGAUGCACCAAGAGAAGAAGCUGGACGUGCCGGUUGACAAGGGGCUGAAGGGCGGGUACGACAGGAUCGAGCUGGAGGAGAUGGUGCAGGUCGCGCUGCUGUGCACGCAGUACCUCCCCGGGCACCGGCCCAAGAUGUCGGAGGUGGUCCGGAUGCUGGAAGGCGACGGGCUCGCUGAGCGGUGGGAGGCCUCGCAGCGCGCCGACUCGCACAAGUUCAAGGUGCCCGAGUUCAGUUUCAGCCGCUGCUACUCCGACCUCACCGACGACUCGUCGCUGUUGGUGCAGGCCGUCGAGCUCUCGGGACCAAGAUGACACGAGCCAGCAAAUAGCAUCAGCAUCAGCACCAGCAGCAGUUGCUGCACCUGUACAUAGUACAGACAGCAUGAGGACUGUGAAUCCUGUGUAGAUUGGGAAUAAAUUGAGCCAUACUAAAAUAAGUAUACAUGUGUAUUAGAUGAACUGUACAAAAGAAGAGUGUAAGGUUUUUACUGAUAUGGAUGUUUACAGAUUUAGUAGUAGAGAGACUAGCUGGGAAGGAUCUUUUCUUUCCUUGAAGUGGAAAAUUUUUGCUUGGCUUGUCAUGCUC